GUAUGAUGUAUUCGGGAGCCGGUGUGGGCUUGGAUGGGCGGUCGGAGCCCCGCCGGCGGCCGCUGUGUUCGGGGCCAGGCUGCGCCUCGGCCUUUGCGGGGUGCGCUGGAGAGCGGAGGCGCUGCAGAGCUCGCGGUGAGCAGCGCCCGCAGCGCGCGCCUUCCGGCCGGCCGUGAGCCGGGUCUGCGGUCCGCGCAGCACUUCGGCUUCGCCCAUUUCUGGUCAGUUUCGCCGGCGCGGCCGCGGGGGGCGGUGGGAGAGGCCGGUAAGGACAAUGGACGCGUUUCCCGAGCCUUGAGCCACUAAGGUGCAGGGCUGGAGAGCGCCUCCGGGGACCAUUCCCCAGCCCCUCGUCGGGAGCCGCAUCCCGGCGGGCCAGACGCCGCCCGUGGUGCAGGUGACUGCAGCAGAGUCGGGGAUCCCUGCAGGGAAGGGGUCACGCUCUCCCGCCCGGAGAGAAAGGAUUUAGUUUUGCCGAUUGUUCAUAUCAUCGCCAUCACAGCCAUCAUCAUGAACGUCCUAUUUUAAUUAAAAUAAUCGUCCAAAAAUGGAGCAGCCAGUCCCUUUAGCUUGCUGGGUGGGAGAACAAAGCGGCCCAGGACUCGCCCCUCCCGCCCCUGCCCUGUUUUCUAAGUUGCGGGGGUUGGAGUAAGGGGAGAAAAUGGAGAGGGUCAGCCUGAAAUACCGCUGUGCGCGGCACCGUCCCCGGGCGCGGGUGGGUUCCCCCCUUCUUUCCUCCCUCCCUCCUUUUGGAUUAGGAGAGAAAGAAAAACCUCCCGCACCGGAUCGAAACCCAGGGAAAAUUGUUCUUAUAUUUCCACAAAAGCCGCGGCCAAAAGAAGGAAACCUUCGCAAUUAAUCCAAGACUUCGAUGUAUGAUCACAAACUGGACGUUUUAGGCAAAAACAAAUUAAAACCCACCGGAGGGAGGGGAAGCAACUAAACCCAGCACACCCUUGGAAGCAGUUUUUACCCUCUUUCCCAUUUGCCUCGUUUAUUGCUGCAACAAAUUAUUAGCAUUCCUAUUUAUUCUGCCUGUUUAAACCUGAAAAAUCGAAAAUCGUUUUGUACGGGUAGUAAAGGUAAGGGAUUUCUUCUUUAUUUCUUUCUCUCACGCUAUUCUCUGCAUUUUCUUUCUUUCCUUCUUUAUGUCAAUAGGAAGAAAAGAAAGGACCCGAAUAGAUUUUCUGUCCUUUCCCCCCACCCCACUCCAUUUCUGCAGGGAAGUACAAUCCUUGGAAUCGGGUUCUGGUUUCGCUUUGGGUUGGAGGUGGGUAGAUGAGAAUCCGGAGGGGCAGACCAGGGAGUGGAGGGACUCCGGAGGUGCUGCCGCACUGACCGGGGCCUGGAGACGGCACCGGCCCUUCCCGACUCAUCCCCCACCCUCCGCCUCAGGCUGGGGUCGCCCCUUUUGGCUUUGGCGCUGCGGCGGCUGCAGGAGCCUGGCUCAGGUUGUGGAGAAAACAGCGUAGACACGUCCGUCUUUGGAAAACAAACGGCCGCGUUGAACCACACUGAUCCCAGCUGCAGGGUUCAAAAAUGUUCUGGGCAGCUUGUAGGGAGGGGUUGUUGUUGAACUAAAGUUAUUUCUGAUUGGUCAGGUGUAGUGUUCAUUUUUACGGAGACGAGGUGAGGUUGAGUCUCCGAGCACCUGCAGGGUGGGGGCAGAAAGUGGUCCGCGACUCACUGAGCUGGUCGGCGGGGGGACUCGAGGCAAUUCCCAGCCAUUGACCCUCUUUUCUCUCUCGCCCUCCCUCUCGCCCUCCCUCUUUCUCUCCACCCCCAUCUUUCCUGGAAACUCGGUUUGGGCGCGGCAGAUCGUCCAGGACCACACCGCCGCCUGACUAACUGCUGGCCUCUCUGCGAGAGGGGCUCGGAGAGCAGAGACCCCAGUUUAAUCUCACCCCUCCCUGUCGGAAGAGUGGAGGUCCUAUUCCAAGGGGCCAGUCUCUCUAACUAUGCCCGAGGAUGACCGAGCGGCCGCCCAGCGAGGCGGCCCGCAGUGACCCCCCGCUCGAGGCCCGGGACGCGGCCGAGGCCCGCAUGGCCCCCCCGCAUCUGGUGCUGCUAAACGGCGUCGCCAAGGAGACGAGCCGCGCGGCCCCCGCGGAGCCCCCCGUCCUCGAGCUGGGCCCGCGCGCAGGGACGGGGGGCGGCGCCGCCGCCAGGGACUUAAAGGGCCGCGACGCGGCGGCGGCCGAAGCGCGCCUGCGGGUGCCCACCACCGAGCUGUGCAGACCUCCCGGGCCCGCCCCGGUCCCCGCCGCGGCCUCCACCCCGGCCGAGCUCCCCGGUGACGGCCGCAUGGUGCAGCUCAGCCCACCCGCGCUGGCGGCCCCCGCCGGCCCCGGCCGCGCGCUGCUCUACAGCCUCGGCCAGCCGCUGGCCUCGCUCGGCAGUGGGUUCUUCGGGGAGCCUGAUGCCUUCCCUAUGUUCACUGCCAACAACCGAGUGAAGAGGAGACCCUCUCCCUACGAGAUGGAGAUUACAGAUGGUCCCCACACCAAAGUUGUGCGGCGAAUCUUCACCAACAGCCGGGAGCGAUGGCGGCAGCAGAAUGUGAAUGGGGCGUUUGCCGAACUGCGCAAGCUGAUUCCCACGCAUCCCCCAGACAAGAAGCUCAGCAAGAACGAGAUCCUUCGCCUGGCUAUGAAGUACAUCAACUUCCUGGCCAAGCUGCUUAAUGACCAGGAGGAGGAGGGCACCCAACGGGCCAAGCCCGGCAAGGACCCAGUGCUGUGGCAGUUCCCUGGACGGGGCUGCCAGCCCGGACAGCUACACAGAGGAGCCAGCGCCCAAGCACACAGCCCACAGCCUCCACCCUGCCCUGCUGCCUGCCUCUGAUGGGGCUGGCCCCCGGUGAUGGGUUGGUGCCAUCCAGGACCGGCCAGGAGGGGACCCCUAGGCCACUGGGAUAGUGGACAUCAGGGCAGGUGGGAUGAGAAGGAGGGCAAUGGAUUCUUGAUGAACUUCCCUUGAAGUCUGAACUUGGGGAUGCCCUAUCUGUCCUUGAGCCUGGAUAUCCCUGCUCAGUAGGAGAUUUUGAUUCCUGCCUCAGUAGGAGAACAGGAAAAUGGAGCAAUGUGGUAGGUACUUUUUCUGAAGAUGGCACGGUUUCCCUUCUCCCUGCAGCCCCUAAGAGUUCCCAAGUAAAAGGCUAAAGUGUCUGCUUUUGGCCUUAAGUUUGGGACCCCGUCUUUGCCAAGACCUGGGGUUGUCAGCUGUCUCCUGAGGCAUCCAGGAGCCUCUGCCUUGCCUUUAGCCCCUCCUGAGUUGGCCGGGGUGGCUUCAGUGGCUGCUUCUGUCCAAAUAUAUAGGUACCCGAUAGCUGCCAUUUCUAGAGCCUUGUCUUCACCCAGACCCAUGUUGGUCCAUCAGCUUGCCAGCUGCUGCGGGGACUCCCAAGACUCGAGGUGCCUUCUUCAGGGCCUGGUUGAAGAAGAUGGCCAGUGGACAGACCACUCUCAUUUGGGCCAGAGGAUCAGAAAACCCAGGAGCCCUUGCUUUUUAUUCUGGGGAUCGGAGCUCUGCUUUCUGUGUACGGAGGCAUGUCUUCUUGUCCUGAGGCUGUUGGAACUGAAUGUACAGCCUUGGACAUGCCCUGUUGGGCUUUGUAUGGAGGAGACAGAGAAAGGGAAAAGAUAUUAGGGAGAAAUUGAGCAAGUAAUAUUUUGGGCAUGUGGGCUUCAAUUACUUCACGCCAGUGAGCAAAUGCCAGUAUGCUCAUGGGCACUUGUGAGGCUCUAUGUGUUCUCUGAGGUGCUUGGAGGGAGUUCCCUCCUGCAAGACAUCUAUCUGAUGAAGGUCUUGUCUUUUUUCUGGAUUGAGCACAAACUUCUCUAUGGGUUUUUUUUUUUUUUUUUUUGUAGUUGGAAUCUCUGCUUGACUUCUAUUACUGGUGGAAUCUCUAGGUUUCGAUAUGACCCAGAAUACAGCCCCACUUCUAGAAGUGACUGGGGAAUCCAAUCAGAGGCCGGGCCCACGCUAAGACCCAAACAUGCACAUUCAUUUACCAGAACCUUAAGGACUCUUUGAUUGUGCAGCUUUGGCAUCGAGUGUGUUUGUUAUGGGCAGCUGGUUUACUUCAAUAGCAGUGCCCACUCUGAGAGUUGUACAGGAAAUGUGUGUAAAUCAAAUCCUUAUUCUUCAUCAUUUACAGAAAUAACUGCUGAAAGUUUUUGUAAAGUGAAUCUUUUUGUAGUGAGGACCACUGUAUCCUUGCCUCCUCUGUCAACUCUGACAACAGAACACUUCCCUUCUUUCCUUUCUUCUCUUUUUCUUUUCUUUUUUUUUAGGUACCGGGGAUGGAACUCACGACCUCAUGCUUGCCAGUUCUUUCCUGUCCUCUCUUCUCCUCUCCUCUUUUCCUUUCUUUUUUCUUUUUUCUUUUCUUUUCGAGACAGAGUUUUGUGAUGUAGUCCAGGCUAGCCUCAAACUCAUGGCAGUCCUCCUGUCUCAGCCUCCCAAAAGCUGGAAUCAGAGGUAUGCACCACUGUGCCCAGCCUGGGACAUGACUUUUUUAAAGGUAGGCCUGCCUGAGAUGCAUUCUAGUCCCACAUAACAAACUGCACAGAAGUUUGUAAUCUAAAUUACUACGGCCCCCUCCCAGAAGACUCUUGAGGUCAGGAAAACUAGUUGAUGGCUCCAUCCUGUCAUGCAGAAGCCCAUCAUGUGUUGAGCUUCGGCCCAGGGGGUGCCUCUGCUGAGAUGGAGCCUGGAGUACAGGCCUAUGCAAGCUAGGAAGGGGUUGCUGCUUCCUUCCCCUUCCUGGGAGCACUCUCACUCUCCAGCUCAUUUCAGACUCCCAAGGUGAUACUUCGAAAAACAUGAGAGUUGGUUCCUUCCCAGUGCUUAGGAGAUCCUGUGAGGAGUUUCAUCCUGGUAAACAUGGAACAACUAAAACAAAUCAAAACACAGCAUAACACACGGAGCAACGGUCCUAGGCUUUAAGGCUGUUUGCCUCCUAAGUCAAUUAGCUUGAUCUAGCAGUGAAAAGCAGUUACAGGUGAAUGAUGGGUUUUAUGAAAUGGGUCACACAUUUCUCUCAGGAAUUCAGCUUUUGGUUUCCUUUUCUGCAGUGUGAUAGGUAUUUUUCUAAGCGUCAGAGUCUCAUUAAAAACCCUGGCCUGGCGUGUCUCCUAGGACAGCCAUUGUGAAGGAGGACUACACCGAGUUCUUUGGCAGGCUGGGGAUGUAGUUUACCCCAGCAGAGCACUUGCCUAGCAUGUGAGGGGUGAAUUUAAACCCUCCAAAAACCAACAAAAAUUCUGUUGCCUUUGUACCAAUCCUGCGGUGAGGUUCCCAGCCCUGCGCAGUUGGCAUCUGGGUAGUUUAGGUUGUAAACUACUUUUGCCUGCGUUUUCUAGAUCCUCGCUUCUUCAGAUGGUCUCAGUUUCUGUCUCAUUGCAGAGAGAGGUGAGAAUGGCAAGCGGUGGAGGAACACUGGCAGACUGUGGGAGAUAUCCACCUUCUCCCUCAGGGUCAAGACAGGGAAGGAAGAGGCUUCAGGUCUUUGAAAGAACUAAACGAAACCCCUAAUUUCUGUUUUCUCGUGUUCUGGUCCUUCCUUUGCCUCUCCUUGCCUGUGAAGAAAUGGCAAUUUUCCAAGAAUAAUAUUUACAGUACCUGUGCAAAAAUGAAAUUGUGUAAAAAGCCGUUUUGAGGAGAACAACAAUGAAUGUGGAAGGAAUUCCACCUUUAAGAAGAAUUCAUAUUGUUUUAUUUGUAGUGGCAAAUGACAAGAUGGUACAACCUUUAUCUUUCUCCAAAAACAAAACAAAGGGCAUCUGUAGUCAGCCUACAGUGUUGCAGCCUCCUGGGUGGGUCUAGUCGCACUUGUGGUUUCAGUGGUACCAACCCUGAUGCGAGGCUGCCCCUGCCUAUGUACAUAGCACACAGUUUCUGUGAGUGGGCCCAGCACUUUCCGUCAAUGUUGUACUGUAUGUGAUGAGUUGCAUUGGUCUCUGCAUUUUUCUGCAGAAGAGGAGUAACUGCUCCGGGUACCUUGACCUUUGUACGCCCAGAGGCCAACACACUGUGGGCGUGUGACUCUCCAGCGGACAAACCCAUGUGUUGAUGAUGAUGUGUGUACAUAUAUAAGGUUAUAUGGGGAAGAUUUCUAAAUAAAAGUUUUACAAAGGG